GUUGAACAGGCCUCUGAUCAUCUCCUUUAAAUGGAAUCAUGGGAAUUCUGGGGGUUUUUUUUAUUUUACUUUCGUUUUAAUACCUUUCAAAGUACGUUAAAUCUACAUGUGUACAGCUUGUCUAAACAGUCAUUGUUUUCUUUUAAUUUCCAGUACAGAGUAGCAGAAUGAAAAAUCAACGAACAUUUUCCAUCUUCUUAACUCUGCUUCUUGUGCCUGAAGCAUGUGCGGUGGACAAAAGGAAAGAAGAUGGCGGGAACGGACCUGGUGAUGUAGAAGAACUAGUUGAUUUACCUGGAGAGCAAAUGGCCAUUUUUGAUGAUUUUUUGUACUUGCUAAGUAUACCGGAUGCUUUCAGUAAAGACGAGAAAAUAAAAAGAGACAUGUAUCGUCAACGUUCUUACGACGGUAACCAGCAGAUACCCAGGAACAUCACUUCCACGACUUCAUGUGCCCCCGGUUCGGAAUCAGACUUCUUUCCUGGGGAUAUUGCUUGGGAUACUCUUGAAACUUAUCCUCUUCGUAUAUAUGAAGAUGCUACAAGUAUUAGAGAACGUAUCAUCUCUUCUUUAGAUCCACAAGUAGUUGAUGAUUUUUCUGAAAUAAAUAAACUAGAUGUUCCACAUGUAGGAAUUGUUCCGGGGGCACCCCCUCCCCCAGUAUUACCUGUAUAAAUACAUGUAAGAUAAAUCUUUAUACAGUAUUUUGUUUGUAAAUUAAUAUUUACACGUAUUCUGAAUAAAAUAAUAACAUCGAACUUUGCUUACAAAUUUAAGCUAACAAUAUUAAUAUGCCAAUUAUGUCCUACUUGCAAUGUAGGUUGUUGCAACCAGUCCUGAAAUAACCCAUCAGUGGUAACUGUUAAGGCAAUAAUGUAAUUGAGAGUGUGUUAGCAUUUGGAUAACUCUAUUGUGUAAUGGAUUUCAUCAAUUUCUGUGAUAAUUUAAUAAAUGCCAUAUUAUGAGUGUA